CAUGACCCAAGCUGCUCUAACCUGAAAAGUCUCCCAAUUAAGAGACCAAGACGCAGUCUUUGGGUGUCCGGAGAAUGCUUUUUGUCCUUUCAAGUCUAAAAUAGAUGGCAAAAAUCAAGAUGAAUAAAUCUAAUAAAUCCUUCCUCUCCCUCCCCACAGUUUAAGCAGUGUUUGGUUUUGCAUUCCCGGAAUAGUUGUAAGCAUUGCUGUAGGCGCUGGCAUUUGCUACUUUUGUUAUUGGUUACUUAGAAACUGAUCGGAGUUGUUUUGGUGCCAGCAGUGAGUCAGGUAGAUUUAAAUCUUGAGGUCUUUUGAGAGUUGGGCUGAUAAACCAGGGUUGCAGAAGUUUGAGACCUUAAGAGAAUUAAAAACAAAUGUGGCAGUGGGAGGUGUGGGGGUGGAGAGAGAGGUCAAGAGCAUAAAAGUAACUUUCCUACGGGGCAUGGAAAAAUUCACUUUUCAGUCAACCUCUUAACUGAGAUAGUGGGACGGAAUCGCGAAUUCUCAAGUGAAAGGGGUUGACUGCCCAGAUUAGCCAGUCCGAACUCAGACUUUGCUUUUCUGCUUUUCUCGGGGGGGAGGGUCAUAGGCGGGCAGGUUUUGGGGACUGCCCUGGUGUCAUCGUGGGUUCGUUCUUUUGAAUGAGAAGCAGAAGGCGUUGCACCGUCACGAGGGACGCGAUGGGUUUUUAAAAGAUGAACCGCGUAUUUAAUUCUGGUCUUUUCCAGAUCUGGGGACUGUGUGACUCAAUGGUCACGUUCUUUUCCUCUUUCCUCACAUCUCACUAAGCUCUCACUAAGCACCCACCACCACCAUCCGCGUCAGGGCGCAGCCCAUCCUUCGAAGACACGCCCCACUGGGAGAGAAAAAUAGAACAAAUUAAAAAAAAAAAAAAAAAAAAAAAAAAAAAACCAGAACACUUCCAACACCCCACGUAGCACUAAACUUUUUCCAAACUCCUUCCAGGUUUCUGCUUAUCAGCCCCGCCAAAGCAGAGAGGGGAAAGACUGGCCAAACUAGCAGCGGGGCCGGGAGGGGACCAGCGUGUGCAUGCCGAGGUGGGUGAGUGGGGGGGGCCGGGGCGGGUCUGUGACUCAGCAGCUGCGCCCCUCCCCCGUCCCGCCCCACCGCUUAAUUCCGAAGCUCAGGCCGCUGAGAGUAAAAGAACUGCCCCGAGUGUGGAGCGCGCGAGCCUUGCCCACGAGCCCAGCAGCUGCCUCGCCCCCUACCCGCGUGCCCCCUCCUCCCGCUCGCUCCCCUCAGGGAGAAGCGCCCGCCGCCCCUCCCCCCGCUGCCGCGCGCCAGGACUCGAGAGGCAGCCACAGCAACUGCCGCCGCUGCCGCUGGGAGGAGCCCGGGCUCGCUGCCGCCGCCACCGCCGCCGCCGCCGCCGCGAAGCUCCUUUGUGAGACCCCGGCCGAGGGAGGGAGGGAGGUAGAUAAUACAGUUGAGGAUCCUGAACUGAAAGAUUCCCCUCUUAUUCCCAAAAACAUAAUGGCUGAACCUGACUAUAUAGAGGAUGACAAUCCUGAAUUAAUCAAGCCUCAGAAAUUAAUCAAUCCUGUCAAAAUUUCUCGAAAUCAUCAAGAUCUUCACAGAGAACUUCUAAUGAAUCAGAAAAGGGGCCUUGCACCUCAGAAUAAACCAGAGCUACAGAAAGUGAUGGAGAAGAGAAAACGAGACCAGGUGAUAAAACAACAGAAGGAAGAGGAAGCCCAGAAAAAGAAAUCUGAUUUGGAGAUAGAACUACUGAAACGACAGCAAAAGUUGGAGCAACUUGAGCUUGAAAAACAGAAGAUUCAAGAGGAGCAGGAAAAUGCCCCGGAAUUUGUGAAGGUGAAAGGCAACCUGAGAAGAACAGGCCAAGAAAUGGCAGAAGUUCAGGAUUCUUAGGCAUACACUGUACAAAAAACUUGCUGGAUUUUAGCCCCUUGCUGCAGAGAGGACAUUCCUGUAGGAUCAUCUCCAGUGCUGCUUCCUUUUGAGCCAAGAGUAGCAUGGAGAGACAUCGGUUUUUGAGAAAAUGCCAGCCAGCAGAAGUUUUAAUUUUUAAAAAGGGUUAUUUUGUUUAUCAGUUUUCCUUGAAUUUAGUGGGAAUAAAUUGACUAUGAUAGCUGCAGUUCAGAUUCGCCAAAUGAAAUAUGUUGACCAGCAGAUAAGCAGCUUAUUGUUGGUAUAACAGACUUGUCUUCAGAGAUUCAAAAGAAAGGAUGAGGACACUGGAGUAUCUUAAGUGUUGCACUACUUGGUUUCUUCCAACCUGACUGUAGUGGGGACAUAAUAUUUGUAUUUUUUUCUUCUUUUAAAAAAUAUUAUUUUUCUAACUCUUGGUUAUCUUUUAAAGAACUUAGCUUAUAUAAAAAUGUGCUUAAUCUGUUACUUUUCACAACUGUGAUUCUGGUUUGGAAAGCCUGAAAAUCUUAGCAUGGGUUAAAUCUUAACACCGAAGUAUGGAAAAAUGUUCAUUUGUAUUAAAUGAUCAAUACAGGUUAUAUCUUAGUUGAUCUUGAAUUUACAGAAUUAGAAAGCUGUGAGAAAGUUUUAAUAAAAAUUCCAAACUCUGAACCCAUUUUUAGGAAAACCAUAGUACAUAGAUUAUGUAAAAAUUUUUUUUCUUUUUUCAGUCAUUUCUAUUUUUGAUCAGCAAUAUAUUGUUUGGUUAAUAUUCCAACCCAAAGGAGGGUAUUUAACAAAUUCUCUGAUGGUUUGUUAACAUAGUUGUCCCUCUCAGUAUUUUCUUUUCUUGUUUUUUCAAGCCUGUUUUUUAGGCAAAAUGUUGGCAUUCUGUUGACCUAAGUUCAGUGUUACAAGUAGAGGUCAAAAUCCUUUUUAUUACUUUGGUCUCCUUUUAGCCACAUGGGGAACAUCCUAAAUGGGAGCUCUGUAGCAAGAUAUUUUGACUUAAUGUGUGAUGCAAGUGUGAAUUGGUCUCAAGGAGACUUACAUUAGAAGAUUUUCUUGCAUUUGUACAUUUUGAAUGCUAGAACUAAAAUUUUGAAAAUUUUUGAUUAAUGAUCACACAUGCCUUUAAUGUUUGUAUUUUUCCCUAUGAAGGCAACAUAUUACCACUGUCUCAGUCGUAAUGACUACUAAAUUCCCUCUCUCAGGAAAAGCCAACUUUAAGGGAGAGAUUGCUAAGAUUCUUCUUGCUAGCCAGAGCAUUGUUAAGAAGCAAAUUCCCAAUUAUAAAUUAUAACUAAAUAUUUAUGCAAAUAUAUUUUCUAUCUUGGGCAUGUGCCUCCUAUUUUGGAUGGAAUUGGGAAAUGUAUAGCUUCAGUAUUGUUCUCUAUCUAGGAUAUCGAGCCAGUGACUUCUUUUGGCAAGACAUUAUUUUUUGCUUGACUUCAUAUAAAGUUUAACCUCGAAGCCAUCUGAAGGCCUUGAAAACCAUAAUAGAAAUUGGCAUCAUUGAGGGAUAUUUUGUAGGACCAGAUUUCAAAUCCUCAAGUGAAUAGCAUAGCACAAAUAUGUAAAGUUACAACAUAAAAUUUAAAAAAUAGCGAAUUAUAUUUGGAAUAGAUUAUCCAGUAUAUCAGUGAGGCUUAUUGCUAUGAAAUACAAAUAUGAUUAUAGGCAAAAAUGUUAUUUUAUCCUAUUAGUUUUGUCUUUUUAAUGAAAUGGUGAUGGCUGAGAUUUUCCUCCUAUUUCUCUACUUUUGAGAAGAGAAAGUGUGGUGAUGGAUGAUCUCAAGAGGAUAUUUCCAAUUUCCUAUUGACUAGAUUUUUUCCUUUUGUGUGUGGAAUCAAUGGAGUGAUUUAUAGUACCAGAAUUUAGGAUAAGUCCAUAACUUUUAUUCAGCAGGAUCUUAGCUCUUUAGUUUCCUCCAUUUGUGGUCAAUCUCCCAUUUGACAGAUAUUAUUGGGCUGUUCAAAUUGAAGACACCAAUAUGCUUUGCCUGCUCAGUAGUCCUUUCAAAAGAUCUUCCUAUCCCUCAAUAUCUUUAGUUUGCUUGAAGCUUAUUCUUCUAUGGCAGUAGUGAGGAAUAACCAAAAGGAAUAAUAAUAGUGGAUUGAUAUUUUCCUCCCAAACCCACUAGUAGGUGUGCCGAAUGCUUUUUUAGCUUAAUAAAAUGCCUCCAAACAGCACUGUAAAUAUAGUGUGAAAGUACGGUUUGUUGUUACAAGACAGGUAGAAUAUAUAGUUAGAGUUCAUCUUAGAAUCCAAUAGGUCCAACCUAUAAGUCUGAGUUAAAAUAUGGCAAGCAAAAUCUCCUUUAACAUCAAAAAGCUAUACAAUUUGGUUAGAAUUUGUAGAAAUUUUCUAAGCAGUUCUGUUAUUGAGCCACUUUCUAAUUUUGCAAUGGUCCAAUGUUUUAUUUGAACUAUUUUUCUGUCCUCUUAAAAUAUUUGAAAAUUUUGUUGUCUCCCACUUUGAUAGCAUGGUAACAAAUUUGUGUUGCUUUCUAAGCUACACUAUGUCUUUAUUCUUCUAUUCUGAAAAACCUUGACUUGUUUGAGUGUAUAUAAUAUAUAUAAAGGGAGCCUUAAUGGGUUUGUUUUCAUAAUUUCAUAAUUUAAUAUUUUUUGUAUUUGCUCUUGUAUAAUUGUUUUUAACUGAAAGUAUUACAAAAAUGAGGGUGGAGUACUUAGAACCAAAGUUAUGCUUAAUAAAAAUCUGCUACAUGCUUGAACUAUA